CUUUAAUAAAGUAAGUAAUAUUACUAUCGUUCUUAAUGCGACACUUUUACACAAUUUUUUGUUUUACACAAUUUCUUGUUUUACACAAUUUCUUAUCUUAUCUUUUAGAUUUUUAGAUGAUUUAUCUGGACAUAUUUUAUGAACUUUAAUGUGUUUAAUGUAUCUUGCGUAUAUUAUAAGUGCACUUGAAAAGGAACUAAAUCGAAGGUCGAAACGUAGUGCUUGAAUUGAAUUAUAUCUGGCUAGUUAUGGUCAAAAUUUAUUUAAUUGCGUUUUUACUCACUUACUGGCGAAGUAAAGAUUAUAUAGUUAUUUUUAUACUUUAAUAAAGUUUUUUUAACAAAGCUUUACAUGUCGAAAAAAUUAGAUAUUGAAAAGAGAAGUAUAAAAAAAGAUCUACUCGAUCUGGUCUCUAUUAAUCACUAUAGCUAUCAAUGCCAUUUUGCUUCAAAACUAGAUUUUCCAAACUCUACUUACUUCUAGGAACACUAGGCCAAUCAAAUUUGCUAUUAGUAAAAAUUGAAUCAACGGAUUCAAAUAUCGAUUUAACAUGCUCUUUUUAAAAGUGGCUGUGUUCAACAGAAAAAACAGCUUUGGCACUGUUAUAAAAUUUUUUAGAUGAUUAUUAGUUUAUACAUUUAGAUCCGACAAAAAUUAAGGGAAAGAACCAAUCGUGUUGAAAAAUUUUACAACAGUUGCAAAGCUGCUUUUUCUGCUAAACGCAACCAAUAUAUUGAUUGCUGCGAAUAUAUCAAUUUGAAAUUUACACCUUCAUAUUUUAUCACUAGUUCGCUGUCAUAUGAGAAGUUUUUUAUAUUACUCUUUAACUCUUUAAAUAUUGAUUUUUAUAGCCUUUACGUUUUAUUAUGUCUUUCACAUACGUUAUACAACAAUAAAAAUGGAAGGCAAAGAAACUAAACCAUUAAGUUGUACCAUAAAAGGUCCUGGACCAGUUUAUAAACUGCCAACGUUAGUUGGAUACAGUGGCCAUGAUCCGUCACGACAUAGAAAUCCAGCAUAUAGUAUACGUCCUCGAAUUGGUAUUAAAAGUUUUGUGAUAGGGCCCGGUCCUCAUUAUGAUGUCAGAAAUUUAACAAAGUCCGGGCGAGAUAACCAACCCGCUUACACAAUCAGAGGAAGAGAAUCAUGGAGUUUGCGGGAUUACUCUCCAGGACCUGGAGCAUAUUCUCCCGAAUUGUGUCCACCAAUGAAUCACAGUCAUAGAGCGCCAGCUUACAGUAUCAAGUCACGAGGAGUAACAAAAUUCCUAGAUGAAGGACCUGGACCGAAUUCAUAUCUUUUACCGACGUGCAUAGGGCCCAAAGUACCUGAUAAAUCUACUCAGGGUGCAUUCUCUAUCACUGGUCAUCGUAAGACAUAUAAAGAAAUUGUGGGCCCAGGACCAGCUGCAUACAUCAAAAUAAACUAUGAUAUGAUAAAACGACGCAGUCCGGCGUACAGUCUGAAAGGACGACACAUUUUAUUGGAAAGAUAUCAUAGUCCGGCACCAAUCUUUUAUCCAUUGUAUGAUAUCCAAAAACGUUCACCUAUGUAUUCAUUUGGUAUAAGGCAUAGUGAAUGCGCUGGAAUACCUAUGACUCAGUUGGAUGAGGAUUAAUUUUAUAAUUAAAAAUUGUAUACAGAAAUAUUUCGUUUUGUAUCUUUUGUGUUUAUGC